AUGAGUCUCGCGAACGAAAUCUUUGAUGAGUUCGGAGAGCUCAGUGCUGCCGAACGGCACGAGACGACCGCCACUCUUGUGUCACAGUUUGCCGACGUCAUGCGCGACAACAACAAACGAAUCUUUUCGAGAGUACUGGACAUGAUCGCUGAGACGGAAGGUGACGACAAGCUACACCUGGACAUGCUGGCGACACAUCACGACAUCGAAGGCCCAGAAUAUAUCGAGGCCAAGUCGUGGGACAUGCCUGAGAUCACUACUUUCAGCGAUUACAGAGCUCGGACUCACCUUGGGGAUGAUUCUGGCAUCUGUGACCCAGAAUCAGAGUCAUCUCUCGCAUACUACCUAUCGGACUUGGAGGCCGCAGUACGCAAGAAUGCAGAUAGAGACUUAUUGGGCAGUUUGGCGGAUAGCCUCCAGUUACCAGCCGAGUUCGUCGAGUUUCUGAAGCACACCAGCGGAGUCACUUAUCCGAACCUCGACAAGAGCAAGUUUCUUUGCGCUUUCGCAACAGAGCUAUACUGGGCAGACAAACAUGCAAAGCUCCUGGAACAACUUUAUCGAUUCUCCGGUUGUAGUGGUUUCAAAGUUGCUGCUGGCUGGAAGGCAGGUGACAACGGCUAUGGUCGGGUGAUUUACUAUCUCCUUUGCAAAGAUGACGAGGAGCCCGACGAGCCAUGGCAAUGGAGGAUUUGGGUCAACAUCGCCUAUUCAGAGGUCAGUUAUUUCGACUGCCUACGCGACUUCCUCUGCUGGUACUGCCACGCAUAUGACUGGGUAGAUUGGGACAUUGUUGAAAUGGAUAUAGAUGAUCUGAACAAAAAGUGCAAGGAGGCCUCAAAGAGGGAUCAGGAGCAAGGCACUGAAGAGGAAUCUGAAUGA